AGGCUGUGGUGAACCUGCACAUCCUGGUCACUCAGCCAGCAGAGCUAAGAUUUGUGCGGACGGAUUUGCUCCUUCUGGUUCUGCUCGAACUUAUUCCUGCAGGUUGGAGGACAGCUCUAUGGGUUCGGCUGUGAGACCAGUGGACUAGACUCGGAGGAGUGGAGCUGGAUCGGGUCUGAUGUUUACAGGCAGCACUUUGCGCAUGGAGAGCGGAGCGCACCGGGUUCGUCUCGCACCGACUCCACCUGUAAACCUGACCCUCUCAGGGCUGCUGGGUCUGGGGUUCAUAGAUGAGACCUUCUCCGAGGUGAGUCGCUCUCCACCGGACAAGCAGCUCAUCAGCGCGCGGGUCACGGUGCACCACCGAGGACCAUGACGGACAACUUCACCGAGUCUAACGACACGCUCCCGGUGGCUGAGGUCGCGCACUAUAAUUUCCCUGCGCUCAUAUUCGGGGUUUUGCUGAUCGUGACCGUGGCUAGUGGAAACGUUCUGGUGUGUCUCAGCGUCUACUUGGAGAAAGCCUUAAAAACCACAACCAACUACUUCAUAGUCAGCCUGGCGUUCGCGGACCUGCUGCUGGCGGUUUUGGUCCUGCCGCUCUUCGUUUUCGCAGAGUUUCAGGGAGGGGUUUGGACCCUGAACAUGCCGAUGUGUGACGGUCUCAUGACCAUGGAUGUGAUGCUGUGCACCGCAUCUAUAUUCAACCUCUGUGCCAUCAGCGUGGACAGGUUUAUUGCGGUGUCCAUACCUCUGAAUUACAACCGUAGACAUGUGGACUAUCGUCAGCUCAUCCUGCUGUCUGCUACCUGGCUGCUAGCCCUAGCAGUCGCUUCGCCCGUCAUCUUUGGCAUCAACAACGUGCCUGAGCGUGACCCCAGCGAGUGCAAACUGGAGGACAACAACUAUGUGGUUUAUUCGUCGGUGUGCUCGUUCUUCAUCCCGUGCCCCAUCAUGGUCCUGCUCUACUUCGGAGUUUUCAGAGGACUUCGGCGAUGGGAGGAGGCCCGCAAGGCCAAACUGCGCAGCAGCAUCGAGGCAUGCAGGAAGCUGCAGCACGCAGCCAUCACCACCGCCCUCCCCACACUGGCAGGCACCAUUCCCGGGCCUCUGCCUAUGCCCCUGCCCAGGAUAAUUGAAAGGGAUCUGGCUCAGUCUCGCAUGGAUGACUCGGGCGACUACAUACAGCAGGAGAUUCCUUAUCCUCGACAGUACAGAGAAAACUCUGUGCCAACAGUGACGUUCAGCCAGCAGAAAUACAUGAAGAAGAGAGCCAAGAUAAACAGCAGAGAGAGGAAAGCCAUGAGGGUCCUACCUGUCGUAGUUGGUUGCUUCCUGUUCUGUUGGACUCCUUUCUUUGUGGUCCACACAAUGCGAGCCUUAUGUCUGACCUGCAACAUCCCUCCCAUUCUGAUGAGCACCGUCACCUGGCUGGGUUAUGUCAACAGUGCCCUCAAUCCCAUCAUCUACACCAUCUUCAACACAGAGUUUAAGAAAUUCUUCAAGAAAUGUUUCCGUAGCUGCUGCUGACACCAGGUUUCCUCCACCGGCUCCAGAACAAGACGUUCCUGGAUUUCCUGCUGCAAUUCCCAAAUGAACAUUGGUCAGGGGAAGCUGAGCAGUCCAGACUUUAUUGAAAGUCUGCUUUCUUGCCGUUUGAUCCAGUCUGCUGCUGAGAGGACGACACAUCUACGCCCGGAUGGGAAACACAGCGAAUAGCAUGGAGCAUAUGUAAGGUUUUGUAUUUCUGCUGCGUGGUGGUCCUCCAUGUGGUGCCAGUGAGACAGAAGCACCACAAUGUUGUGUCAGUUUUAUUUGUACUUUGGGUUGUUUAUUUAGUCCCAACUGCGAAAAUGUUGCACUUAACAUCUAAAGUCAGUUUUUGCUCCAGCAACAAACCAACAUGUCCGUGUGAUCAGCCAGAGCUGAAACAUUUUCAUCUUGCUGCUUGAAUUUCUUAAUCAUGAAACCAGAUUUUCUUUUGUAAAAUGUGUUUCAUAGUUACAAACAGAAACAGCACUGUUGUUAUUAUUACUAACAAUAAUAAUAAUUAAUCUUUCAGAAAUGUGUUUGAUUUUUAACUUGAUUUAACAGAAAUUUAAACCACGUUUGUUUUUAGAUCCUGUUUUUUAACGUUGUGUUUGAGAAGUUGGCUUUGUCUGAUGUAACGACUCGGCCGACUGCAAACAUUGUCCACAUUUUAUAUGGAAACUGUAAAUAAAGUGGGUUAAAGAUCUGGAGGGUCCUGUGGUGUUUUGAUGCUUGGGGAAGGGGGGUGAUGAAACAUUGUGAAAGGGGUUGAAAGGAGUGCUCAUCAGUGGAACAACA